AUGGGCAUCACUCGACGUGCAAAAGACAAGGCCGCGCGUGCCGAGCGCGGCGGCGGGGGCGGGAAGUCGGGGGGAGCCAAACCUAAGAAGGCGACCUUUGACACAACAAAAAAGAAGGAGAUUGGGGUCUCGGACUUGACGUUGCUGCGUACCGUAUCCAACGAGGCGAUCAACGAAAAUUUGAAGAAGCGCUUCGAGGGCGCCGAAAUCUACACCUACAUUGGCCAUGUCUUGGUUUCGGUCAACCCUUUCCGCGAUCUCGGCAUCUAUACCGACCAGGUUCUCGACAGCUACCGGGGGAAGAACCGGCUGGAGAUGCCACCGCACGUUUUCGCCAUUGCCGAGUCCGCCUACUACAACAUGAAGGCGUACAAGGAAAACCAAUGCGUGAUUAUCUCGGGCGAGUCGGGUGCCGGAAAGACCGAGGCCGCGAAGCGGAUUAUGCAGUACAUCGCCAACGUCUCGGGUGGGGGCGAAACGGGCGACAUUCAGCAGAUCAAGGACAUGGUAUUAGCUACCAACCCGUUACUAGAGUCGUUCGGGAACGCAAAGACGCUCCGCAACAAUAACUCGUCGCGUUUCGGCAAGUACCUGCAGAUCCACUUCAACGCGCAGGGCGAGCCAGUGGGUGCCGAUAUCACCAACUACCUUCUCGAGAAGUCCCGUGUCGUCGGGCAAAUCACCAACGAGCGCAACUUCCAUAUCUUCUACCAAUUCACGAAGGGAGCGUCGCAGCAAUACCGGGAAACGUUUGGUAUCCAGAAGCCGGAGACAUACAUCUACACCAGCAAGUCCAAGUGUCUCAAUGUCGACGGGAUCGAUGACUUGGCCGAAUAUCAAGACACGCUGAAUGCGAUGAAAGUCAUUGGACUUACCCAGGCGGAGCAGGACAAUAUUUUCCGGAUGUUGGCGGCUAUCCUAUGGACGGGCAACUUGGUGUUCCGCGAAGAUGAUGAUGGAUAUGCGGCAGUGUCGGAUCAGUCCGUUGUGGACUUUUUGGCAUACCUGCUCGAAGUCGACUCCGCCAGCCUCGUUCACGCCAUCACUAUCCGUGUUCUUACGCCCAGGAACGGGGAGGUCAUCGAAUCACCAGCGAACGUGGCGCAAGCGACGGCCACCCGGGACGCCCUGGCCAAGGCGAUCUACUAUAAUCUGUUUGACUGGAUCGUGGAGCGGAUCAACCAGUCCUUGAGGGCGCGGCAGGCUGCUGCCAACUCAAUCGGUAUCCUUGACAUCUACGGCUUCGAAAUCUUUGAGAAAAACAGCUUUGAGCAGCUCUGCAUCAACUAUGUGAAUGAGAAGCUACAGCAGAUCUUUAUUCAGUUGACCCUAAAAGCAGAGCAGGAGGAGUACGCCCGGGAACAGAUCAAGUGGACCCCUAUCUCUUACUUUGACAACAAGAUUGUGUGCGACUUGAUCGAGUCCAUCCGGCCCCCUGGUAUCUUCUCUGCUAUGAAGGACGCAACGAAGACCGCCCACGCCGACCCCGCCGCUUGCGACCGCACGUUUAUGCAGGGCAUCAACGGGAUGUCGAACCCCCACUUAACGCCUCGCCAAGGAAACUUCAUUAUCAAACAUUACGCCGGCGACGUGACCUACACAGUGGACGGCAUCACGGACAAGAACAAGGACCAACUUCUCAAGGGCCUGCUCAACCUCUUCCAGGGUAGCCAGAACAAGUUCCUCCACACCAUCUUCCCACACCAAGUGGACCAGGACAACCGGAAGCAACCUCCGUCGGCGGGCGACAGGAUCAGAACCUCCGCCAAUGCGCUCGUGGAAACACUAAUGAAAUGCCAGCCCUCGUACAUCCGAACCAUCAAACCGAACGAGAACAAGUCGCCCAGCGAAUACAAUGUUCCCAACGUCCUCCAUCAAAUCAAGUAUCUGGGUCUCCAAGAAAACGUCCGCAUCCGGCGUGCUGGUUUCGCCUACCGUCAGUCGUUCGAAAAGUUUGUCGAUCGUUUCUUCCUGCUCUCGCCCGCCACCUCCUACGCUGGCGAGUAUACCUGGCAGGGGUCCUAUGAGGCUGCGGUCAAGCAGAUCCUCAAGGAUACGAGUAUCCCUCAGGAAGAAUGGCAGCUUGGUGUUACCAAGGCGUUCAUCAAGUCGCCCGAGACGUUGUUCGCUCUCGAACACAUGCGAGAUCGGUACUGGCACAACAUGGCCACCCGUAUCCAGCGGAUGUGGCGCGCCUACCUCGCGUACAGGGCCGAGUCCGCCACCCGUAUCCAACGUUUCUGGAGGAAGAAGCGGACGGGCGCUGAGUAUCUCCAACUCCGUGACGAAGGGCAUAGGGUUCUGCAGGGUCGGAAGGAGCGCAGGAGAAUGAGUAUUCUCGGCUCUCGGCGCUUCCUGGGUGACUAUUUGGGUAUCAACGCGAGCGCGGGUCCGGGGGUCCAAUUACGGAACGGUAUGCAGCUCGGGAGCAACGAGAGGGCGGUGUUCUCUUGCCGUGGCGAGAUCCUGGAGGCCAAGUUUGGUCGGUCCAGCAAGCCGAGUCCAAGAAUUUUUGUUGUCACAAACAGCAAAUAUUACAUUGUGGCUCAGGUUAUGGGGCAAAACCAUCAAGUCCAAGUUGUUGUUGAGAGGUCGUUCCCCAUAGGCGCCAUCAAGUUUGUGAGCACGUCGACGGCUCGCGACGACUGGUUCUCCUUGGGGGUGGGUUCUCAGCAAGAGGCGGACCCCUUGCUGAACUGCGUUCUCAAGACCGAGAUGUUCACGCAAAUGAAGCGGGUGAUGCCCGGCGGGUUCAACCUCAAGAUUGGGGACACGAUCGAGUACGCAAAGAAGCCGGGCAAGAUGCAAAUUGUCAAGGUUCUCAAAGACUCGCCAAGUCCACAUGAUUUCUACAAAAGCGGUGCUGUGCAUACACAGCCGGGAGAGCCCCCCAGCUCCGUCUCCCGACCCACGCCCAAAGGCAAGCCGGUGCCCCCGAGACCAAUCACCCGGGGCAAGUUGAUCAAACCCGGUGGUCCCAACGGUCGGCCGUCCCGGGUGCCGGUCAACCGCACACCCCAGGCCAGGCCAGGUGCUUCUGCUGCGGCCUCCUCACGGCCCGUACCACAACCACAGCCCGCUGCAGCCGCCGCAGCAGCCGCGGUGACGGCUAGCAUACCCUCACAUACGCGGAAUCAGUCCAACUCAUCAGUUCGCGCGCCCCCUCCUCCUCCGCCCGCUGCACCGCCUGCGAAACCCAAGAUUAUGGCCAAGGUUCUGUACGAUUUUGCCGGCCAGCGAGACAACGAACUGCCGAUUCACGCAGGCGAGGUGAUAGAAAUUGUCCAGAAGGAGAACAACGGCUGGUGGUUGGCGAAGACACCUGGUGGACAGGCCUGGGUUCCGGCGGCCUACGUUGAGGAACAAGUAGCGGCCCCCGUUGUGGCACCUCGGCCCCCGCCGCCACCUCCCGCAGCGACCAACGGAGCAGCUGCACGAGCGAAGCCGGCCGCACCCCAGCCCCCGGCGAAGCGCCCAGCAGCGGGCAGGAAGCCAGUGGCACUGCAGGCACGCGAUUCGGGCAUGAGUAUGAACGGGUCAGAUAGCAGCAGGAGCAGCACGCCGACACCGAGUCUGGCGGGUAGCUUGGCGGAUGCGCUGCUGGCUCGGAAGAAUGCGAUGGCGAAGAAAGAAGACGAUGAUGAUUGGUAG